AUGGAAAGAUAUGCUUUCGACAACAUCACCAAUGUUGAAUUGUGGGAGAACAUGCAAUAUGUUUUAGAUGAAGUUGAACCUCUGUAUAUGUUCCUAACAUUUGUUGAUCAGGAGAAAAGUCCAACACUUGGUGAGGUGCACAUGCAAUACACAAACACCAAACACACAUAUCAAAGUAAGUUUGAGAAUGACAGCGCCCGCUACAACACGAUCAUGGAUGUGGUUGAUGCUAAAAUGAACACUGUCAUGACAGACACAUAUGUGCAACCAGUGUGUGCCUUGCAUCCAUAUGUGAACUAUGUCAUGGGGGCGACGAACAAUCUCAUGACAGAUCUUCGUAAGGGUGUUGAAAGGAUGUUUGAUUCGAAUACUGCUGCAAUGGCACUCCAAGAGUAUGACUUCUUCAAGAGGAAGAUUGGAGACUUCUCGAGUGAGCUUGCAAGGAGAAUGGUCGUUGACCGUGGGACUUCUCCUUCGAGUUGGUGGUCCAUGUUUGGAUCAGAUACGCCAACACUUCAACGUGUUGCUAAGCGGCUACUAUCACUGUGUGCCUCGUCGAGUGGGUGUGAGCGCAACUGGAGUACUUUCGCCUUCAUCCACACAAAGCUCCGCAACAAACUCGACUACUUGAAAUUACAUGAGCUUGUGUUCGUUAACUACAACCUUCAUCUUCGCAUCCAACGAGCAACUGGUACACCAGAGCCUAGUGAGUUUGAUCCUGCCUUGGCCUUCAUGGAUCUAUCAUUACAUAGGCAUAAUAAAGCCAUUAGAGAUUGGAUGGAAAGAGGAAGAUGCAAUGCACCUCCAACGUUGGAUGAAGACUCAACUAUCAGUGACACUCCUCUUCCUAGCACGUUGUUUACAUUGCUUGUACAUGAACAAGGAGGCACAGAGAAAGUAUAGAUAGGAUACUCUCUGUAUAAAU